AUGACGCCACUUCACGAGGCCGUGCUGUUUGGAUCAUCAGAAUCGGUGAAGAAAUGGAUUCAAUGCUCUAAGAGAGAUGAGAAGAACUUUCUUGGACAAACUCCGCUUCACCUCGCAAUCUAUAAGCCUGAGCAUCUGUCAGCUCUCAUAGACUCAGGUCGCGAUGUGGAUGCCAUCGAUAAUUAUGGCAUAACGCCCCUGAUGUAUGCAGCAGCGGCAGACGAAGAAGAGGCUCUCUACAUUCUCAUCAAUGCCCAUGCCGACUUCACAAUAGAAGACAGCCGGUACAACCGCACAUUCUUUGGAUAUGCUGUGGCAAGACGCAACUGGUGUCUGAUUUACAACCUUCUGUUGGUCAUCAAACAAUCCGUCGAGAAAGAGGUCGCAGAGUCCUGGGUACGAGCAGCAAUAGUCAACGCUCAGCUGGCAGUUCCGGAUUUCCUUUUCGAUAGCCCGAUCUCUCUUAGGCACUUGUUGGCUCUGUGCGAAGACGUCAACUUCACGUAUAAUGGAAGAGACGUGAGGAACAACUGUCUUCUCCACGACAUUAGGACUGUUUGCGAAUUGGAAGCAUUGGUUGAUAAUGGGUUCACCAUAAUCAACCAUGUUAAUAGUCUCGGCCAACACGGUCUGAUUAACUCCGUCAAACAUAAGGACGUCGCCUUGACUUCCAGACUCUUAGAGCUUGGAGCUAAUGUCAACCUCGAAGACAAUCAGCAUCGCACAGCAAUCGGACACGCGCUGAGGGGCCUGCACAUCAGCGACUUCAAUCAAACACGGUUAAUAAUGGACGUUGUAAGGGUCUUGCUUGCUGCCGAUGCGAAUGUUCUCGUCAGAGAUCGUUGCAGAUGCCCGUGCUCACCGACAGGCUGUCUCACUGCCACACCGAAGGAGGGUCGUAGGGACCGUUUUGGACGUGGCUUCCAAUUUUCCAUAUGGUCAUUGGAGUGGCUCAUUCUUAUCCAACAAUAUCGAGGCGUCGAAGUUGCGAGAGAUGUUGUUCUGUCCUUCAUCCGAGAAGAGACACACAAAGAUCUGGACAUGACCCAUGUCUGUUGCGAGCUUGAACUCGACGAAUCCCCCCUUCGAUUCAUCUUUAAGUCAAAGAAGUCCGAAGAUGACAUUGUAGAAAUCAUGGACGAGGAGCAGGAAUUCACGGACAUUCUGAAUAGUGACAUCGACCACAGAGACCAGGAGAAAUACGAAGCUCUCCUCAACUACUGGUUCACCCUACUCCGAGACUCGAUUCGAAAAGCCAGCCAGGAGGCCGCAAAAGCAGAACCGCACAAGCGUCCAAAAAGAAAAAUGCACGAAAUCGACUACAAGAACGAUCGCUUCAAUUUCCAUGUAUCUAUUGAUACAGACCGGGCCCAAAACCCAGAGCCGACCGUCAAGACGUCUGUUUGCGAUUACGUCUUGUGGAUGGAGCACGAGUAUCACCACGGACAAACGUCCCAGCUCGACACAGUCGCUCGAGAAGCCUGGUAUUCAAAACGUGUUUCAUUGCUUUGCGCGCUGCUCGACAUCAUUGAAAUUCACACAGGCUUUCUGACUGAUUGGGUGGGAAGACUGCAACCAUUGUGGAUAUAUGGUCGUGAAGAUCCCCUCGAUCCUGAGCCGUACAUCAAACACUUCUUGGCCUGUGCGAACAAUCGAUGA